AUGGUCCGGUUCGUGCGGGCCCGGCGAUCUGACCCAGCCAUUGUGAAAGAUGGAAGCGGCAAGUUUCAACAGCGGCAAGCGCCUGCCCUGGAUAUCGACUACAUGAACCUGUCGCUCGAAGCUCUGGCAGAGGAGCUGUUGCCAUACGAUGAAAGGAAAGCUUUGCUUGCCCGCGACCCCCUGGCUUGUGCAGAAGGGUUCCAAACGCUGGUCCUGCUCACCCUGCGCCACCUCUUUGGAAUGCGCUUCUGUCCCAAAUGCCCCGAUUGCGCCCAGUCGGACAAGCCUUGCACAGAUGCCUUUGGAAGCAAUGCCACAGCCAUGGGAGGUGUAUUUGGGCGGGUGGAUGCCAUAUACGGCUCGCUGGAAUGCCAGAAGAGCGGAAACUUCCACAUCCACUUGCAAGCCUUCAUCCAAUGCUUUCACCAGUUGCGCUCGCUAUCCGAAUUGCAGGGCUUGAAGGACCAGCGGUUGGUGGAGAUGCUCCGCCGCUGCACCAGCUAUUCGGGCUACGUCCAGCGCAAGGUAUAUUGCAACAAAGAAGCUUGGGAUGAUGAGAAGCAUGAAAUAGAAGAUGCUUGGCCAGAGUUCAAGGAUUGCCCUCUCAUGAGCAGCCGGCCGGCAUACCAACUGGAUGACGUCAUGGAGCCCGCGGCGUGGCGAGCAACCUAUUUGGCCGCAGACGUGGAAGGCUUGCAGAAGCGGAAGCAGCACCAUGUCCAUAUACCAGGGCCGGACGGAAAGCGAAUGCCGUUGAAGCAUUGCCAAGACCCCAAGGACCCAACCAAGUGCAAAAGCGGCUUUCCUCGAACAUCGUGGUUGACAGAAGAGCCCUUUGUGGUGUGCCCUGGCUUGGCAGCAGAGAAAGAGAUGCCGCACAAAGGAAAGAAGAGCAUGGUGGGGCUACCCUGGGGCCCUUGCAACGAGCCGAACCUCAACGGUACCCAUCCAGCUCUUGUGGCAGCCCUGCGAUGCAACAGCGACGUCCAGCCGCCCUACCGGUUCCCAAUCACAGCUUCGACCCAUAGCAGCGGUCUGUGCGGCAAUGAAUGUGCAAAGGCGCCGGUCCGCAAUCUGAUCUGGGAUGCGCAAAUCAACCAAGCGGCCCAAGCCGGUUACGCGGCAGAUUACCAGAACAAGCGCUUGCCGGUGGCCGUCCAUGAAUGCAAGGAAUGGAUGAAAGCGCAGAAGAAGUUGGUCGAGGAGAUCCAGGAUCAAAAGCCGGGCUAUGUGGGAGCCAGGCUGGGCAAGCGCCUCAUUACGGACUGCUAUGCACGGGGUGUUUGCCGUGGCGCCGUGGAGUGCACCAACCUCAUCAUCCAUGCAGAGGACCACGAGAAGGACCCGACCAGGGCAGAGAGCGUCAAAACCGCUCCUGUGACGGAAAUAUCGUUGCAGUAUGGCUUGCGCUUACUGGAGAAGGCUGCGGCGCAAGAACCUUGGCCCCGCGAGCCCCGACGGGUGCAAUCGGACCCUCGCAGCUACGCGCAGAAAAAGCUCAUCGAUUGCCCCUUCUGGACUGCUUAUGGAGGCCGAGGACAAGCUCCAGAGGUCCACGCCCUCUCUGCGUAUGAGUUUGUCCGGCACUAUCGUUUCAAGGUGGCCAAGCACCCAUUCAGCGGGCAAGAACACCAGAACCACUUGAACAAGCCGAGUCUCUACCAUGCGCAGCUAACGGAAGAGGGGGUCGGGAAGGUGAUGGCGCAAGCGCGCAAUUCGACCCUUCGCGCCGGGUUUGACUACAAGAUCAGAGAAGGGGCUGGUGAAGGAUGGCUAUGUUUGGGAAAAGGGGAGCACGUAAAUCCGGCCUACCGCCACGAUUGGGUGAUCGCGCCGAGGAAGCGACCGGACGUGCCCGUGCCCUAUGGCGCCCCGGCGAGCAAAUCGGAGGAGGAGCAAGCAAUGAAGCUUCUGCUGUUGUUCUUCCCCUGGGUCAAUGACGUGAAAGAGGCCAGCACUGCUGUCCCUUUCAUUGGCCAUUUCUGGGAAAAGGGUAUGCGCAGCUGGCGGGAGGCCUUGCGCGGCCGGACCUUUACCUAUGGGUUCCCAACUGAGGAGGUCAAGCGCUUCGUCUUGAACUUCUGCACCGUGCAUUUCUUGACCCGGGACUUGCAACUGCAAGACGGCUUGCACCCAAACAGCGACGACGAGGGCAUGGUGGACGAUCUCGACAUCACAUUGGACGAAGAGGACUUGGCCGUUGCCACUCUGACCCACGUCCGGGGAGCGGGUAAAGCCCAUGCCAGCCAGGACGAUGAUCCCAGUGAGGAAGAGGUUCCAGAAGCAGCUGCAGAGGUCAGGGCCGAGGCGAAGCAGCAACAGGACAAGCGCCCCACGUUGUUUGACUUGACCAUGGACAUGAUCCGCCUCUCAAGUUCAAUCUACCUAGCGCCGGAGCGCCUGCAGCAGCCAGAUGCAGAAGCACAAGCCCAGCACCAACAAAUGCUGCAAGCAGGCCAAGUUCGUGACCAUGCCCUCGCCAGGAAAUCGGCUGCUGCGAGCAAGAAGAAUGAAGGAGCGGAGGAGGACAGGAUCGCAGGCCUCCUGAUCCAGGACAAAGAAGGCAACCCGUCGGUCAAGGAGCGGCCGGCGCUUACCAAAGCAAUGUUGCAGGCCUGGCUCGACAGUGAUACGGUCCGGAAACAGACCAACCCGAAGCAGCUGGAGUUCUUGAAGCUCGUGGUGGAUAGGGUCAUGGUCGAGAUUGGCUUGAUCAAGGAAGAAGAAUCGCUCCGCAAAACGCGACUUCCACAGCUACCGCCGCCCGCGGGCAACUACCUGGCAGAUUUACCUCGCUCAGUCCGUGAUCCAGAUGGUGAGAUGGCGCCCGAGAAUGCCUUGGGCGAGUAUGGCAAGCUUCUGCUUUGGAACGACGUGCAGGGCGUUACGGAGCUCGUGGACAGGGAGCGCUGCAAGGACAACUGGAGGAACGAAGUGAACGAUGAGCUGCGGCAUGCGUGCCUCACCGUCGAGAACCACGCCUACUUGCACGGCGAGCCGGUGGAAGGCUGCACCCUCAGCGAGGAAGAGCGCCGCUCCAGACAGCGAGUCAUCAGCUCGCCCGAUGACCCGCGGCUGCAGGAAAGCAAGUUCAAAGAGGCCAUGACGGUUGUUGCCAACAAUGAUGCCCGCUACCAGAUCAACAAAGACAGGGCAAAGCAGUACAGCCAGGCAUCCGGAGCCCCGCUUUACUGGUCGGUAGCCCGUGACGAAGCCACAUCGGCAGCGCUGCAGGCAGACCCUUGCGACAAAGAGGCAAAGAUCAGGUGGCUACAAUACCAUGACAAGGACACUGAAAAUUUGUGCGGCGUGCUGCCCCUCGCCAUUGGCUUGCCCGUUGCUCUAACGGAGCAUUUGAACAGGUCGCCGGACAGGUUGCUCCUGAGAGGCACCAAGGGCCGGGUGCAUUCUUGGAUCUGGCCUGAGAAUGACCGACUCGCCCACCGUGUGCCGACCUGCGUCUACGUGAAGUUCGAGGGUGCCACAUGGCAGUUGGAUGGCAUUGACGAACCCGGUGUCUAUCCCAUCCGCCCGGCGCAAAGGAUCUGGCACUUGGAUGGUAAGAGGCAACACCCGGUACUCAAGGUCAAGCGAAAGCAGAUUCCUCUCACCCCGGCCUUUUGUAUCACGGCCCACUCAAGCCAGGGCAAGACGCUGAGGGCCCUCCUGUUGGACCUCAAUGUGGACAAGAAGGUGGACGCAACCUUUGGAGCAGUGGGGUCCAGCCGGGUGCGCUGCCGCGAUGACUGCCUCAUCCUCCGCCCGUUUCCGCGCUUCCUCUUCAAUCGAGGCAUCCGCGAUGGCCCGAAGCUGCUCCUCCAGAAGCUGCGCGGGGAAGACAUCGACUUGGCUGCGUAUGCCGAAGGCCUGCGCCCGCAUGCCGCCUGUGCCCAUUGUCAGCAAGUUCGGCACCUGGAUGGCUUUGACCACGAGCAGUGGGAGAAGGUGCGCGCCAACAUGCCAGCCAUGUGCAGGCGAUGCAAGCAUGGCGAGCGCGUGGGCGCCAAGAAGCGCAAGCUUGAAGUGGCAAGCAAGGAGUUUUGCGGCGCUUGCAAGCUGACCAAGAUAGAGGAUGCUUUCCCCCGGGCUCAGCUGGCGCAAGAUGCCGCGAAAAGGAAAUGUCUGUCUUGCUGCCGGGCCAUCAGCCACCUACAAUGCAGUGAAUGCGGUGAGAGCAAGGCCGUCGAUGAGUUUCACCACUGCAUGGUUACUUUCCCAACCGAAAGUGUUGCUUGCAAGGCGUGCCAAGCAGAAGCCAAGAAGGCCUUCACCGUGGGCCGAAAAGGCUGGUUCUCUUGCCGUUCAUGCAAUGAAAUCCUACCGAAUGCCGUUGGCCAUGGGAAAGAGCGGCAGUGGCGCUGUCUCAACUGCGCCUCUCGCGGCGCCCGCCAGAAAGACGAGCACACGUGCCGUAACAGAGAUUGCAAGCGCAAGUGGCACGAAAAGCAAAGGCCAGGACAGGGGCGCAAGCGAUUCUGCCCAGACUGCCGCAGGUGA